CUUUCCGACCUUGCAGCAUCGUCUGCCCAAGCUACGGAAACGAACGUGAACGACGAGGAGGUGGACGAUUAUGAUCCAAAAAAUUGUCACUUUUUUCAAGAAGGGAGGUGCAAAUACAAUGAUCCUAAUUACAGAGCACCAACGAAAACCCAAUGGAUCGGUUGUGAAUUUCCAGAAUGCGAUAACUGGUUUCACGAAUCGUGUCUUGGGUUGAAAUUCGCAACAGAAUUGGAAAGAGACAGUUAUGCAUUUGUUUGCAAGUUUCAUGAUAGAAUCAGUCAUCAUGACCGUUUUAAAGACCGCAUUACUGCCUCAGGUUCAGAUCAGACAAUGAUAACAGGAGAGGAAGAAGGAACCCCAAGCGAAGGGAAAAGGCUUAGAAGAUCAGCCUACCAUGAAGGGUCAUCAUUUGAAACGGAGAGCCCCAUACCACCGAACUAUGUCGAGUAUGAAGGGGAGUAUUACCAUAUAGCUCAAUUUCUGUCGCUUCGACAAGGAAAGGUUUACUCCCCGUCUACCUCUCGUAUGGCAAGGUGGAUGGCAGUCGCAAGAAGCUCGUUUUAUGAGAAAGUGGAAAAAAUUGUAUCACCCGAGAAAACCGAGAACGGAUUAUACUUCAACGACAUUGCAGCAUUUUGGGUGCCACGCUUUGGAUUAAGGUGUGGUGAGGUCUUGCGCUUUGUUCGCAAGACUUCAGCGAAAUCUGCUGUCCCAGUGUUUGAAUGGAAGAAAGAGAAAAAACAAUCGAUGGAAAAGAUUUCUGUUUGUUUUCGCGUACUUUCCUUUAAUAAAAUUGAAGAUACAAAGUUGCGUUUAGAAAAAACAACUGACAUUAUGUGGGCAGAAUGUGACGCCCACUUAAUGACAUUCCCUGUCCCUGAUGCAAAAACGAGAACAUGGCCCCUUACUGUUGAUGGAGAACCUUUAGAAAAAAUACUGCCCCAACUGGAGAAAGCUGAACAAGAAAGGAUGCUCCAGGAAGAAAAAGCUAAGGCACAGGAAAAAGAGAGACUCAAAAAGGGGGAGCCUGAGGACAUGACAGUACGCCUCUUACGAGAGGUCCUAGAUGAGAUGAAUAUUACCUACAAAGCAAGUGACAAAAAAGCUAGUCUAAUAGCUAAAGUACGUGAAGCCCGUCAAAAUUUACAAGCAAACACAUUUUCACGUUCGGCUCCUAAAUAUCAUCAACCAGAAGGCGGAAGAGCAAAACAUGAACAAUAUUUUACAUGGGAUUUGAACAACAGAGCCUGCCGAUUCGUGCCGUUUUAUUACGACGACAGAAAGGAACGUCUGUUAAAUUUGCUUUUGUACUUAUUGUUUUUAUUACUGGUCAUUGGAGUGUAUUUACAUAUACUCCUUUUUCAACAAGCGCUUUGCUUAGUGAUGUUAGUAUCCAUGUAUCAGUAUUGUCUAUCGCGUGUUAUUCCUGAGUUCUUUCGUAUGUGGAUGGAAGUUCUUUCUGCCUGUUUGUACGCCAAAGUCAACGUAGAGGAAAUUGCUAAUAACUGUCACUGA